AUGGUAGCCCAUCACGCUAGCAGCGACUCGGUGUUUGUAUUCCGGGAAAGCCAGCCAACCGGUAGGCCAUUUUCUCCAGAAGCCCAGGGUGCCGCCGUUUCGGCAUAUACAACAUUAGUACCAGCGCCAAGACAUACUCCGACAGCUUAUAACCACAGUACUCUGGGGAUAAUGGGAGAAGAUGGUGGAGCUGGAGGAGAUGGGCGUCCAUUAUCACCAAUUGUUAUCGCCGGAUUAGCAACAGGCGGUGCGAUAGCAAUUGUUGCGGCCCUUUCUAUGGGUAUCCUCUUGUACUGUCGUCGACGCCGUAUCGGCCGUCAUCGCCAAAACUCCAUCAGUGGCCGAGAGAGUUCCAAGUUUGGAGAUUCCAUGACAGCUUCAUGUAGUUUUGAACCCAAUACUGGUACUAGUAAGGAGAUGCCACUAUCACAGAAACCACCAGUAUUGCCAGCACUGUCAUUGCAGCCGUCAAGUCUCAAAUCGUCGAACCAUAUUUGCAGGAAUAAUAGUUGUAAAGGAAGGGGGAACAAGCACAUCACUUGGAAGGACCAGGUUUUCUGUGAUCAAUCGUUCAUGAAUCUGCCGCCUCAUCCAGCAUCAUUUGUUCAGCCUUCACGAUCAAGGAGUGUUCUCCGCAUAGGAGCAGCAGCGCAGAUCCAUGAUCCGUCCGACGACGAUGUGCUCGAGCGUCCAAUCCCUCCAGGCUAUAGGACACCCCUCCGCUCUUUCUCGUCUCCUACUUUGGGUGCUGAUCGUGCAUCUAUAUACUCAUCAUACUCAUCCAUACCACCUUCACCCGUAUUUAUAUCAGCAUUGUCUCCGCUACCGCCGUAUCUCCUCUCGGCGUCUCACCAUCAGCAACACAUGCUUCAGAGAUCACCAGUUCCACCAUCUCGCUUGAAUUCAAUAAUAUCUACGAACGAGCUUAAUGAAUACCAUGGCACAGUGACUUGUACAAGUGUAUACUCUUUUCUCCCAGGUGUUAGCAGUCGUCGUUCUUUCUCGGAUUCCUACACUAUCCAAGAUAUGAAGGGGGCGCCGCAACCUCCUCCAAGACCUUUAAUACGAUAUUCUGGUACUUUGCAAAGUUUUCAGGGGCCACGGUGCUGCCCAACAGCACCAAUUCCUUCAUUGCCGAAGCAAAACUAUAAUACGAGAUGUCGCUUCAGCAGUGUCACCGAAGAUGAUGAUGGUGCUUCGAUUUCUAGUGUCAGCUCCACCAGUUCAUCAAUUCUAGAGUAUAGUAACCACAGUACACCGCGAAAGGCUGGUGGUGGGGGUUUGAGAAUCGACAGCUCGUUAGGUCAUUCUUGUGAUGACUUGCCGCCAUCGGGUCUAACGUCUCCUUCUCAUCGUAAAAAAAUCAACUGUGAAGACUCAGAGUCAAAGACGCUACCUGUAGAAGCCUCGGACCUCUCUAUUCCAUCAAAGCCGCCAGCUCGAAAGAUUGGUAUUCUACUAUCACCACUGAUCACUCGAUCUUCGUCUCUCUCUGCUUCGACUUCUUCUUCCUCUGUAAAUGUAUCUGAAUCAGCAUAUCACGAUGUCUUCCUCGAUGCCCCAGGUAUUGAAACUAAGUCUCCGACCAUUCAAGAGAUGUCGACUCGCCAUUUUUCCUGUUCACUCCCAACCCGUCCGAGAUUCGUAAUCUCGGAUACCUUCCAGCCUGCAUACCCACAAGUGAUACCGCCAACGCCGACACGUACCGCUUUCUCACAAAGCGAGUAUGAUUUUCCACUCCAGUCUAAUGUAGGCCUACUAAUCUCUGAGUGCAAUGAUGUGGUGGAUUUACCCCCGACAGGCUCGUUACGGAAGAUGCACGAGAGCACCUACUCGCCCACGCUAUCCAUGGUGAACUUCUAUAGCAUGGAUACCCGUGCCGAAAACAACUUUUCGCCCGUCGGUUUCUUUGCCGGAAAAGCAAGAGGGAGGACCUCCUCUUCUAUCAUGUCAUCUGUAGUAGGACGAUACCAAAACCAGGACGACGAUGGUGACCAUCAGCCACCAACGGCAAUGAUGAGCCCCAACCCGCGAUCAAUAUUCGAGGCUGAGGAAGAAGACCGGGAGAUGAGCAUGGUUACGGUGGAUAAUAGCAUGUGGAGGCGCUACAGUAAUCGCUUCUCAUCGAUAACUGAUGGCUAUCUGACGAUGGAUGAGGAUGUGAGGGAUCGAGAGUGGAAUCAAGAGACGGAUAGGAGAAGACAGAUGUUUAGAAGUACGACGAGCAUUGAUUGA